AUGACCGAACCCGCACCAACGGAAGUCGUCUGGCCGUCGUCGGCAGUCAUCGACGACGGCUCGCUCGUGCUCGUCGACGGCGCGCGGAGCCGCGUGUCCCUCUGCCGCUGCGCCGGCGGCGUCGCCGUGGUCAAGCGCUUCCGCGGCGCGACGGCCAACCGGCACCGCGACGCGGCGAGCCGCCGCUUCGCGGCGGAGCGGCGCGCGGCCUGGGCGCUCGCCGACGCGUCGCCCUUUGUUUUGCGGCCGCUCGCGACGGUCGUCGACGCGCCGGUCAUGGCCGUAGUGCUGCCGUUCUGCGGACGGUUCCGGUCGCUCGACGUGCUCCUCCACGGCGGGGCCACCCACGACUGGUCCCCGGCCGGCGACCGGGGGUGCGUGACGCCCUCCAGAGCCUGGCGCGCGCUCCUCGCGUUCGACGCCGCGCGCGGCGUCGCGGCCGCGCACGCUUCGGGCGUCGUGCUGCGCGACGUCAAGCCCGCGAACGUCCUCGUCGGCGACGACGGCGUCGGCCGCCUCGCGGACUUUGAACUGAGCUUCUUCGCCGGCGACCCGGCGGCGGAGGCCGCGGGCGGCGGCGGGCCCGCGUCGAAGCCGCGGCGGAUCUUCGAGGGCACCCCGCAGUACGUCGCCCCCGAGCAGAUCCGCGCGUACGACGGCGUCGUGCUCCACGGCGCCCUCGCGGACCCCAUGCGCUCCGCGUCGACGGCCGCGGCGGACGUCUACGCGUUGGCCGUCUCCGCGAACGAGGCGGGGACCAGGGCAGCAAAAGAGAGCGAAAUUCCCAACUUCAAAGGCUCCUAUCUCGGCCGUUUUCCACUCGCGGGGACGACGGUCGUGCCGUUCACGGACGUGACGCGCACGGACGCGCAAUUACAGACCGUCGUCGAGGUCAAGUACUCGACGACGGCGCUCUGCCGCGCCGUCGCCAGCGAGGGCCUGCGGCCCGCGCUCGUCGACGCGAGUUUCGGUGGUCUGGAAUUUUGCGACUUGGUGAGGGAAAGCUGGGCCGACGCGCCGGCGGCGCGGCCGCGCGCGGCGGCCUUCGCGGAAAGGCUCGCGGCGUGCUUCGCCGGGGACGCCAUCUUCGAGCGAGGGGUUUCAGUGAAAGGACGCGGCGCGCUCGCGGCGGACGCCGACGAGCCGCUCUGGACCUGCGACGCGGCGGCCGCGGAACCGCCGGCCGUCGAGGAAGCUCUAGGUCCUCUGACGGACGCGGAGCGAGACGCCGUCGACGCGAUGGGCCGGCGGCGCCGGCGCCGGCCGCCGCGGCGCGGCUGGGCCUGGGAGGCCCAUCGGGGCCCCCGGGACGCCAUGGAGGACGCGGCCGGCGGCCUGGACUACGGCCCGCACGCGGGCUGCUACGUCGUCUCGGACGGCCACGGCGGCGCCGCCGUCGCGCGCCUCGCCGUCGAUUCGUUGCCGACGCUCGUGGCGCGCUCCCUGGCGGCGACGACGGGCGGCGACGGCGACGUCCGGGCCGCGCUCGUCGACGCCUUCCACGCCUGCGAGGCCCGCUGCGGCGCGUUGGCCGGCGGCGCGUGCGUCGUCCUCGCUUUGUUGUUGGGCGACGACCUCUUUGUGGCCCACGUCGGCGACUGCCGGGCCGUGUUGGACCGCGACGGCGACGAGGGCUGGACCUGGUCCCGGGCGCACGGCCCGGCGCCCGACGCGUUGGCGGGCCCCUUCGCCGGCGGCGUCGCGCGCUUGACGGAGGACCACGCGCCCGCGGGGCGCGAGGCCGCGCGCGUCGCCAAGGCGGGCGGGCGCCUCCUCGAGACGAGGGACGGCAAGGUCCGCGUGGGGCGCACGCGCGGCCCCGGCGGCCUCGCCGUGUCCCGGGCCCUCGGCGACGCGGGCGAGUACUGCGGCGUCGUCGCGUCGCCGGCUGUGUGGAAUUCAACCGCUGCUCGAUCAAUUCGAAGUCGAUUCGGCUGA